AUGACAUCAGGUGAUGAAGAUGAUUUCUUGGCCUGUAGUUAUAAAACAGUUAUUCAUCGUCCAACACCAAUAACAUUAGCACAACCACAACCACCACCACCAUCACCACAUUUUUAUUUGGCUUCAACAGAUCACCCAACUCAAACAUCCACACAACCAGAAAUAUUAGCACUUACGCCAUCACCAAUAAUUUCAACUCCAUCAACUCCAUUAUCUGUUUUUGUGCUUCCAUCACCACCUAUUAAUUUACCAAUACAACAUCGAGCUCAUACAGAUCCAGAUCUUGAUUUUUACAAUCAACAAACUCUUCUUUAUCCUGUUCAUUGGUAUCCACCUCCUGCAUUUUUCUAUCCAAAUCAUAAUCCUUUACCAACAAAUUUUGUUUAUGGUCCUCUACCAUCAUUUAUCAUGCAUCCAAUACAUCAACAACCUCAACAACCUCAACAACAAAUUCGAAGUUCAUCAGCUGAUUGUCGUCGUACGGCAGAUAACGGUAGUGAACAUCGUGUUGUACAUCCUGAACGGGUUUGGUAG